UCAAGCCAUCAACUCACAAACAUUUUUCACACAGCCUAGGCUAGACAGAGCAGAGGGACAUGUUGGAGACAGACAGAACGGGAGUAUCUUUCGGGAAGUAGGGCUAACGUACGCCCUUUCAGAGAUGGGCUUUCUCGCCCAAAGAGGCAAGAGAAUAACUUGAACUGCAGAGUUACAUCCUGGGCUAAAUUGGUGUCAUUGAACCUUUAUAUGCUCAAGUUAUUUGAAGUUUAAAAUGUGGGAGAUAGGGGUGUUGUCGAGAGCGAGGUCUCCCCUCCUGUUGUCCAGGACAAGAUGGCAGCAGUGCAGGCAAACUCUGCAUGGUAUGGGUAUAUAGCUAAGUCCACAACAUGUUCAGAUAAGCCCUGRAUUCUACGUAUUGUUACUCUAUAAGAAGGUAUGGCCUCACAAGUCUGGAUCUACCCACCACACAUUUAUCAAAUCCAGACUAGUGCCUUUUGCAGCGUGAAGAAAGUCAAAGUGGAGCCCAGCAGCUGUGUGUACCAUGAGAGAGCCCAACCGCGGACUUCUCUGAACGGCAGAACCCUUGGCAUAGCGCACCCGAUCAGACUCGCUCCCUCCUUUGCAACCCGAGACUCUGCAGCGGGCGAGAGAACGUGUGGCGGUGGGCAGGAGUUCCCUGUACAGACGGUGGCCGUGCGUGGGGUACGGAGAAAGCAGAACGGAACAGGCCCGGCGGAGGCCCAGCGGCCCCAGGACACAGUGCCAGUCCCCAGGCAGGGCAAGGGGCAGGAGCAGACGGACAGAGACGGGGGAGGCAGCGGUAGUGGAGCGACAGGAGGAGGGGGAAGUGGGGAGGAAGGUAGAGGAGAAAGAGGUAGGAAGGAAGAGACAGAAGGUGACUGGGAAGAGGGCGAUUGUGGAGGUUUGAACUUGGCCGACAGCGCUCAGCGAUGUGGGCUGAAACGUAAGAGCGAGGAGCUUGAUAACCGCGGGAGCACCAUGCAGAUAGUGGAGGACCUGUCCAUGUUGCCAGCCAUGAUGCAAACGACCAAUGGGGGGAAUCCAGCUGGGUUGCCCGCGCCCACGGCUGUAGGGGGCGGAGGAGGACCCCCAACCAAACAGGGAGCGGCGGGCGGAGCAGGAGGGGGUGACGGGGACUACCAGCUGGUGCAGCACGAGGUCCUGUGCUCCAUGAAGAACACGUACGAGGUGCUGGACUUCCUGGGCCGCGGCACCUUCGGACAGGUGGUAAAGUGCUGGAAGAGGGGUACUGGGGAGGUGGUGGCGGUGAAGAUCCUGAAGAACCACCCGUCAUACGCACGCCAGGGCCAGAUCGAGGUGGGCAUUCUAGCCCGACUGAGCGGGGAGAACGCGGAUCAGCACAACCUGGUGCGGGCCUUCGAGUGCUUCCAGCACCGCAGCCACACCUGCCUGGUGUUUGAGAUGCUGGAGCAGAACCUCUAUGACUUCCUCAAGCAGAACAAGUUCAGCCCGCUGCCGCUGAAGGUGAUCCGGCCCGUGCUGCAGCAGGUGGCCACGGCCCUGAAGAAGUUGAAGACCAUGGGUCURAUCCACGCGGACCUAAAGCCGGAGAACAUUAUGCUGGUGGACCCUGUCAGGCAGCCCUACAGGGUGAAGGUGAUAGACUUUGGCUCAGCCAGCCACGUGUCCAAGGCUGUGUGCUCCACAUACCUCCAGUCCCGGUACUACAGGGCUCCAGAGAUCAUCCUGGGCCUGCCUUUCUGUGAAGCCAUCGAUAUGUGGUCCCUGGGCUGUGUGAUCGCUGAGCUCUUCCUGGGCUGGCCCCUCUACCCAGGGGCCCUGGAGUACGACCAG